AUGCACAGCGAAAAUUUGGAGCGACGUUCGCCUAAACACUUAGCAGGAAGGCUCAUAAAUAUCCUUCAAUAUAUUAGUUAUGGCAUUGGACAAUAUCUCCUAAGUAAUUCUAGUAUAAUCUCAACAAUAACUUACAAAUUAUUCAAAUUUUCGUCAAACUCUUUUUAUUUAUUUCCAGCUAAGACACCAUCAUUCGAUAAAGAUCGCGACUACAUCGGCUUCGCCACAUUGCCCGAACAAGUGCAUAGGAAAUCGGUGAAGCGUGGAUUCGACUUUACGCUUAUGGUAGUCGGCGAGUCCGGAUUGGGCAAGUCAACGCUAAUCAAUAGCCUAUUCUUGGGUGAUCUAUACAAGACUCGAAUUAUACCAAAUGUGGAAGAGCGACUCGAGAAGACGACACGUGUUGAAAAGAAAACCAUGGAUAUAGAAGAGAGGGGAGUACGCUUGCGAUUAACCGUUGUGGAUACGCCAGGUUUCGGUGAUGGCAUCAACUGUGAGGAUAGCUGGCGUGUCUGCACCGCCUACAUCGAUGAGCAGUUUCGUCAAUACUUUACAGACGAGAGUGGCCUGAAUCGACGCAACAUACAGGAUAACCGCGUGCAUUGUUGUUUGUAUUUUGUGCCCCCAUGGGGUCAUAGUCUGCGUCAAAUGGAUUUGGAUCUCAUACGACGACUCCACCGCAAAGUCAAUAUAGUGCUUGUCAUCGCCAAGGCGGAUUGUCUGACCAAAAAUGAGGUGCGUAAGCUAAAGGAGCGCAUACUGCAAGAUCUAGAGGACAACAAAAUACAAUUAUAUCAAUUCCCCGAAUGUGAUUCGGAUGAAGAUGAUGAUUUUAAGCAACAGGAUCGCGAUCUGAAGGCUUCAAUACCUUUCGCUGUCGUCGGCAGCAAUACGAUAUUGGAGAUAGCGGGCAAGAAAGUGCGCGGGCGUCAAUAUCCUUGGGGCGUUGUAGAUGUGGAAGAUCCCGAACAUAGCGAUUUCAAUAAGUUACGCACCUUCCUCAUCUCCACACACAUGCAAGAUCUUAAGGACACAACACAGGAUGUGCAUUAUGAGAAUUUCCGUGCACAAUGCAUCUCACAGAUAUCGCAACAUGCGCUGCGCGAACGUGGCAAAUUGAAGCGUGAUUCAAUUAGUUCGACCAAUGGCUUUGAUGCGGCUAUUUCAGAGACAGAUCGAUUGCUGUUGCAGAAAGAUGAAGAAAUACGACGUAUGCAAGAUAUGCUCACACAAAUGCAAGAGAAGCUGAAGCAGACUCACUUGAUGGAAAUGAAGAAGAAUGAUAGUGUUAUUGAUGUUUAAAUGAGCGGCGAGGGUUUUGAGCUUUGAACAUAAAGUCAGCUGAUGAAGGAAAAGGGAAGCUCAUUGGCAUGGUUUGAGUGAAGCUUUAAUGCAGGCAUACAAUUUGAGAAACGAACACCUGUAUUGACACGAAUAACAAAUACCGAAUUAAAUAGUUUUUUCGCACAAUUUGACCACAUUUAUAUAGUACACA